GCACAAAAGCCACCUACGUAGGAGCGAAACAGCACACUUGCUCAUCCGCCGGCCGGUUUAAACCAGGUUGCUAUUUUGCAGAGGCGUCUCUCGAAAUAUGUAACAAAGUUCGCAAGUUCCGGUUGUUCUAGCCUUUUCGGGUACCAAAGUUUGAUAUUUUGAUAGGAAAGAGUAUGGUCCAGUAGCACUGAAGGAAGUACUAGGGCCCACCACUUUACUUUGUGAAGCUGUUAGCUGACUUGCUUGUAAAGUUGGGUUAGGGUGUACGCACGCAUCGUAAAAGCGACCACCGUGUGUCAUUGCAAGCCCCGCCCGGCGUUUCGCAUCGCUGCGCCCGCUAUACCUGGCGCGCGGGAGCACGGUACCCUGCAGAAAACACGGACUCUCGUCUUGGACAGUUACAACUGAAUUUUCGAGAGAUAUCGCCUGAGGUGAAUUGUCUUAAGCAGAAUGGGAGAUCGUCUGAUCAAUGAAGGCCUGAAGACAAUUUUCGUGUUGUUGUGGUUGGGUGCCAAUGUUGGCUAUUGGAUUCAGGUGUUCUGGACCUAUGAGUUUGGGCCGCAGUAUUUCUACAUCCGACUCAUUAUUGGGCCUGGUGUUUCCAUUGCCAAGGCAUGCGGAGCCUGCCUCAACCUCAACAGUAUGUUGAUUCUCCUGCCUGUCUGUCGCAAUCUCAUCUCUUUCCUCCGAGGAUCUUGUGAGACAAACCAGCUUUGUCGACGUAGUGUUCGUCGCCAGCUUGACAAGAACAUAACAUUCCACAAGACCCUGGCGUACAUGAUCUGUCUGCUGAACAUCGUCCACUGCAUCGCUCAUUUCUUCAACUUCCGUAACUUGUACGACCACUUCAACAGCUGUGAGACCUACUUUCCUGUUGGUAGCCCCUACACCGGCAUCUCAUGCCAGCUGAGAGAUUUACCCAACAAGGAAGGAGGAACUUGGAUCAACCCGGUCCUGUACAGAAACAACGCUCUACCCUUCGGUUUCCCCCUCAUCGAGCAAGGCAUCAUCCAGAUCGCCGGAUGGUCAGGCGUGGUUCUGACGCUAGUCUUUAUCAUCAUGUUUUCCUCGGCCACCGAGUUCAUUCGGCGUUCGUACUUUGAGACAUUCUGGGUAACUCAUCAUCUGUUUGUUAUCUACUUUGCCAUGUUGCUUGUCCAUGGAGUCGGAGGAGUGAUCCGUUCUCAGUCCAACUUGGUUGAGCAUAACAUCACAACCUGCUCCAUUCAGCCGGAGCUGUGGGCACCACCGGGCAGCCAGCCGUGUCCCUAUCCUAACUUUGUCAAGGGCAGUGCGGCUAGUUGGAAGUGGGUUGUCGGACCCAUUGCCAUCUACAUCCUAGAGAGAUUUGUCAGAUUCAUUCGCAGCUGUCAGACUGUACAAGUCAUCAAAGUAGUCAAGCACCCGUCUAAGGUGAUUGAGCUUCAGAUGAAGAAGUCUGGUUUCAAGAUGCUGUCAGGACAGUACAUCUUCCUCAAGUGUCCCUCCCUGUCUCACAUCCAGUGGCAUCCGUUUACUCUCACCUCGGCUCCUGAAGAUGACUUCUUCAGCAUUCACGUCCGUACCGUCGGUGACUGGACCACAGACCUAGCCAAGGCGAUGGGAGCCGAUGGUAACACAACCACGGAGUCUACCGACCUGGCCAGGGUAGCUGUGGACGGCCCGUUUGGCACGGCUAGUCUGGAUGUCUUCAAGUAUCAAGCGGCUAUCUGCGUAGGUGCUGGGAUUGGGGUGACGCCGUUUGCAUCCAUCCUUCGUUCUAUUUGGCAUCAGAGUAUGAUGCCAGACCUGGAGUUGAAGCUGAAGAAGGUCUAUUUCUUCUGGAUCUGCCCGGACACCAACGCCUUUGAGUGGUUCUCAGAGAUGUUGGACGCCUUGGAGAAUCACAUGAUAGAGCAAGGAAAGGCUGAUUUCCUCAAGUAUAACAUCUACCUGACCAGGGGCUGGAGCACUAAGCAGGCCAAGAACAUCUACUUGCAGGAGGAGGAAGAGGUUGAUGCCAUCACUGGCCUGAGACAGAAGACCAACUAUGGCCGGCCCAAGUGGGAUGACAUCUUCAAGAUGAUCGCAGAGGAGAACCCGGGCACCAGUGUUGGAGUCUUCUACUGCGGACCCAAAAUCCUCUCCCAGGUUCUCCACAAGUGUUCAAACAAGAACUCCAACAUCAGAGGAGGAGCCAAAUUCUUCUACAACAAAGAAAACUUCUGAGCAAAUUACAAUGAUUUGGUGUCUGCCACAGUUCAAAUAAGUGUUGUUAUCUUCAAGCAAACUUGAAUCCUCGAUCAUGAUUGGUCGAUCCAUGGCAACAAGCCGUGCUACAUAUAACCAUACCGCACGGCCACGGUCCAUACCGCACUCUGCGUAUUCUGCUGUUCCAAGAUGCGAGCGCCUUUCUAGCUGCAUACGCUAAACUGCUGAAUGUCCGUGUAAAGCGUGCUCGUUCCAACUGUACUGCGCGUCAAGUUUGCUUGAAGAUAAAUUCGUUAUCACACUCGCGCUCGUGGAACAC